AAGGCGCUUGUCAACAGCUGCCGCUGCCUGCCAGGAGAGGAAAACAACAGACUUCGAGCAAGGCCAUGCUAAAUUUUGGAGCUUCUCCUUUCCGGCUAGCUGAAGGAAUGGAGCAGCACAUUAAAAAGUGUUCUUGGAACAAUACUACUGAAAAAAGUGAUUUCGAAGCAGUGGAAGCUCUGAUAUCCAUGAGCUGCAGUUGGAAAUCGGACUUCAGAAAGUAUGUUGAACUGAGACCGAUAACGCCAGCGUCGGAUAUAUCUGAAGAAUUUGAAGAUAACCCGCAGCCUGUUGCUGACUUUAAUGCGAUAUCAGCCUUUUGUUUGACUCCACCCUACAGCCCUUCAGACUUUGAAAUGUCUCAAGCAAUCCAUCCAGCAGCACUAGCUCCAUCUGCUGUACAGAGCAAGUCAGUUACUGACAUAUCUGGUCAAGGUUCUCUGGCUGCUGUUAAAGAGACUGAGAAGGUCCCAGCAUCAAGAGAGCUGAAAGCCCAGGCAACAAGCGUUAUUCGCCACACUGCGGAUGCCCAGCUUUGUAAUCACAGAACCUGUCCUGCGAGAACAGCCAGCAUUCUGAAUUAUCAGGACGAUAACAGGAAGGAAGCAACUCCACAGGACAAUGUGACAUCAAGAGAAGAUGCUUCUUGUGAAAAUGUGUCACUGAAUACUACACUUCCUGAAAAUGGCAAGUUGCCGGGCGUGCAAGAUCAGAUCUGUCCAAUGCUAACUGGUAACCCAGUGCAUUUUGCUCAUCCUUUCCUUAGUAGUGGCUUGCCAGUCCAUGGAUCAGCACAGCAGACUUCUUCACUGGUAGUCCCUACGUCUCCUAUGCAAGCUGGAGGAGUCCCUUCUAUGCCGUUGGUUUGCCAGAUGGUUCCAAUGCCUGCUAACAACUCACUUGUGACAGCAGUAGUUCCCAGCACCCCUUGCAGUCAGUUGCCAUUGAACCUAUGUCAGCCUAUGGUGUUAAUGGGAACCCAGGUUCCCAAAGGAGCUCUUAUGUUUGUUGUCCCCCAGACUGUUGUUCAGAAUCCAAAAGCUCCUGUGAUCAGUCCUAAUGGCACCAGACUUUCUCCUAUUGCUCCUGCUCCAGGUCUUACUCCUGUUGCAACAAAGAUCAUUCCAUCCAUUGAUUCUCUGAGAAUAAGAAGUCAUGUUUGUAACUACCCAGGUUGCGGGAAAACUUAUUUCAAGAGUUCCCAUUUGAAAGCCCACGUGAGAACGCACACAGGAGAGAAGCCAUUCAGUUGUAGUUGGAAAGGCUGCGAGAGGAGGUUUGCGCGUUCUGAUGAACUGUCUCGCCAUCGUAGAACACACACGGGUGAGAAAAAAUUCGCCUGCCCUAUGUGCAAUCGUCGAUUCAUGAGGAGUGACCACUUAACGAAACAUGCACGUCGCCACUUAUCAGCCAAGAAGUUACCAAAUUGGCAAAUGGAAGUGAGCAAGCUAAACGAUAUUGUUGUACCACCUACUACUGCACCUACACAGUGAAGUAUUGCCAUCUGAAGACACUGUCAAAUAACUGUUGUUACUGUGGUUGGAGUGAUGUCAAACCAGCUUCUGAAAUAAGUCUGUGGUUCUACAGUGUCAGCCUUUGGUGGCUGUUAGAACAGACAGGGGCGAUGACUGAGGUCUCCUGGAAAAACCAGUCACAUGGGACAGUAGGUUUCUCUUGUGUCGGGAAAGGGGAAAUGCAAGUGUCAAGCAAGUGUGAAGCUUUAAACACGGGAAAACUUAACUGUAUGGACUAUAGAUCAACCAGUUUUAAGCCAGAGCGAUGUGUAUGUGUUUAGGCUUAGAACCAGAGAAGAAUAUCGGUCUGGUACAGAACCGGAUAACGUUCAGUUUUACCAAAGUGCUGUAACUUUCUUUUAGGCAGCAAAUAAUAUUUGAUUCAUUCGCCUUUGCUUUAAGGCCCAGUCAUCAGACUGGUGGAACUCUGGUUAUCAGAAACCCUCCUGUGAUUAGGCCUGUUUAUCUCCAUCCUUUAGCAUAUCAAGUAUAGUUAAUUACACCAACGUAAAACAUUAAGCACAGAAUUGAUUCAGGAUGUCACGUGAAUGGGAGGGGGGGUUGGAACACCCAAAGUGGAUCCACUUUGUUGUGUUAUCAUGCAAGUCUAAUAGUAUUUUGCUACUCUUGAAGGCAUCAUGGUUAGUACUAUCAGCUGUACUUCAGCAUCUUCUGAUGUGACUUCUUUUACAUUGCUUACGGUUUCAUUGAUACCAUGACAUUCUAUACCAUUGAAUUUUUAAAAUCUUGAUACCGUGCACUUUGUUAAAAAUGUAAUCUUAAGAGCCAACUGAGGCUGUUUUGGGAAGGAAGGACAAGAGUAGUAUGCUAUGCUACUUUCUGAAAAUAUUACUCUGGAAGAUAUUAAAAAAAUAUAUGUUGAAGGCAUUGUGCUGUGUUAAAUCAGAAAAGGUUAUGUGAGAAGUUAAAGGGUGUCAAGACACCAAAUUAGUACACCAUGAUUAUUAAGCCAUUUUUCUUGGUGAUAUUUCUGUUUCAUCUUCUACACUACUGUUGAAGAAUAAAUUUCUGGAGAGUGGUGUAAUAUCUAUUUUGUGACUACUUUAAAAUUUUGCACAAUAUUUCUUAUAUUGUACUUUAUACCUUGUUUACAAUAAAGAUCCAGUUAUGUUUAAUACAGACACAUGUGCCUUCUCACAUUUCAAGUCAUUUGUUUGAAAAAUGGACAGUAAAAACUCUGCUCAUUAAUUCUGGUCUGGAGCUUUCUAAAGACAGUUAACACUCUAGAUGAUCUAGAAGAAUCAAAACUCAUUCAUACACUUACAAAGCUUGAUCCUGACUCCCCAAAAAGGAAAACCUUAGUUGUAAUCUCUCUGUGUAUGUAACCAGAGAGCAACAUGCAUUUGUUAUGCUUCUGAUUUCUAUCCCCCUCCCCAAU